AUGUCUUUAGCUUCUCAGUUAAGUAACAUUGCUGCUGCUAAUAGCACUGUUGCCUUUGAUCGUAAAAAGAGACAAAAAUUACACUCCGUCUCUUUGAUCUAUACCUCAAAAGUUGCAGCUACACAAGAUUAUGAAAUCAUUUAUUCAAAUGCUUAUGAAGCUUUAGAAGAGUUAAUUACUGUUGAUAAAAGAUUUGCCUUUUUUAAAAACUCUUUAUUCAGUGAAACCUCAGUCUCUGUUGAUAGAAACGUCCAAACUGCUGAACAAAACAAGGAUUUAGACAAUGCCGUUAAUGCAUAUCUUUCAUUGAUAUCACCAAGAUGGAACUUGGCCCCAGCUAUCCAUGCUACUGAAUGGUUGGUUCGUCGUUUCCAAAUUCAUGUUCAUAAUGCUGAAAACUUGUUGUUAAGUACUAUCAACUACUAUCAAAGUCCUGUUUUCAAGAGAAUUUUGGAUAUUACUAAAUUACCACCAUUAUUUUCAGGUUUAAAUGGAUUCAAAAACAAUGAAAGAUCACCAACAAACACUUCUAUGAUUAAAAUCUUUACUGACUUAGACCUUUUGAAUCUUUACAGCAAAUAUUUACAAGAUAUUGCUUCUAAAAAUAUCUUAUACACAAACCAAUUGUUGUUUUUCACCUGUACCGCCAUCAAUGUCAUUGCGGUUUACUCAAAGGAUACAAAGAAAAUUGAUGAAUUGAUUCCAUUGUUAUUAGAAGUGUCCGCUAAGUUCCUUUCAACUGCCAACUCUGACGCUCACGUUUCAAGUCAUACAAUCUUAGCUGUUUUAUCAGCAGCGGUUCCAUUAUCACCAGAAAUCAUUUAUGCUGCUACUGAAACAAUCUUAGCUAAAAUUCCAAAAAAGGUUGAAAACUCUGCUUUGAUCUGUAUCACCAAACUGUUCCAAUCUUUAAAUACAGCACGUUAUGAAAACAUUCCAGUUAGAAUUUAUAGAUUAUUGAUAAAAUUGGUUGUUAGUGAUGAAGAACGUUUUAAUGAUAUUUUAACUGAUAAAAGUAUCAGAUCAGAAAAAUUAGUUACUGUUUUAGUCAAAACUAUUUUAGCUUAUGAAUUUGAUAACAGAAUUCAAUUAGUUUUAUCAAUUUUGAAAAAGGUCCAAUUACCAGAAUACGAAUUAUCAUUUAUCAUCAAAGAUUCUAUUAAUGCCAUUGAUAAUGUUGAACAAGAUAAAUCUGAUAUCACAGAAUUGAUUGAAUUUUACAUCAAGAACAAUAAAGAAUUAUUUUUGAAAUCUUUGGAAGAUUUGAAAUUGAAUAAUGAUAUGUUAGAAGCCAAAUUACAAACUUCAUUAUCUUUAGAAUCUUCAGAUGACACUGAAGAAACUGUUACAAAAGAAGUUGUUCAAAUUGAUGAUCAACAACAAAAGAAACAAUUGAUUGAAACAUUCUCAUCAAAACAAACAGAUACUGUCUCAUUCUUAGCGUCAGGCUUAAAUGCUUCAUUCAAUGAAUACUUAGCUUUAUACAUCAAAUCAUUACAAUUGAAAGCCGUUGAAGAAUUCAAGUCAUCAUUCAAAUCACAAGAUGGUUAUUUGACAUUCCUUGUAAGAGCUGGUGUUUCACAAUCUGCUCCAGGGUUUGCUAAAGUUAAUGCAUUAACUACAUUGAAAAGCUUAAUUGUCAAACUUGAUGAAAAAUCAAAUCUUUUAACAUUAGUCCCAUCUUUACUUGCAGCUUUAUAUGAUACACGUCGUUCUGUUAGAAUUUUAGCUUCUGAUAUUUUGAAAACAAUUUCUAAAAGAAAAGCAUCUGAUAAUUUCUAUCAAGCUGAUACAAUUUAUGGAUCAGAUUCUAAAGAUUUACAAUUAAUUUCACCAAAAGACGGUACUGCAUUAUUGAACUCAAUCUUAGAAAGCCAUUUCAUUGAAAGUUCAGGUGUCACUAAUGUUUUAUCAAAUGCUAAAAAACAUGCUCAAUUAUUUUUGGUAUUUUUAGCUAAUCAAGCCAACAUUGUUUCAAUUCCAUCAGUUAAAUUAACUUUAAUCAGAGUUAUUAAGGCAUCAAUUCCAAGUAUCAAAGGUGCUUCUUUAUCACAAAUUUUCCAAUCUUUACUUGAAAAUUAUGUUUCUAAUAGAGAUACCUGGUAUUUAAAUUCUCAAGUUAACAAAGCUGAUUUUAAAGAAUUUGAAAGUGAAAUCGUUGGUAUUGUUGCUCCAAAGGAAAAACAUCAAUUUGCUAUACAAUUUUUGAUUAAUGCAUUAAACUCAUCAUAUGAACAAUUAGGUGAAUUAGCAGCUGCUAGAGUUAUUACUAUUUUUGAUAGUUUGAAAUAUGAAUACAAAUUGAAAUUAUCCAAGGCUAUUGUUGAUUCAUUAGCUACUGAAGGUGAUAAUUCAUAUGAUACAGUUGCUACUUUACAAUCAUUACCAUUAACAAGUGAAAUCAUUGUUGAAUUAUUAAAAGAUUCACAAAUUAAUAAACCUCAAGAAGAUCCAGGUGUUCCAAAAAGAAGAAGAAGAUCAUCUGCUUCAACUAGACAAGCUUUAAACAAUGGUGAACUUGCUAAAAUUGCCGAACAUCAUUUACAAAAAAUUACUGUUGUUUUAGAAACUUUAGAUAAGAGCUUAGGUUCAUUAAAACCAACUUCACAAUUAUUAAGUUCUUUAUUCAACUUAUUAGCUGAUUUGGAAACUUUAGGUGGUGAUGCUGGUUUACCAGUCUUGUAUACUCAGGAAACUUUAGCUGUUACAAUGGUUAAAAUCAUUAGAUACUUGAAGACAGAAAAUGCUCAACUAGAAUCUAACUCUGUUAGAACUGAUAUCGUUGUUGCUACUAUUAGAUCAUCACCAUCUCCACAAGUUCAAAACAGAUUAUUACUUGUUGUUGCUGAAUUAGCUGCAUUAGCUCCAGAAAUUGUUUUGCAUUCUGUUAUGCCAAUUUUCACAUUCAUGGGUGCUCAUACUGUCCGUCAAGAUGAUGAAUUUUCUGUUCAUGUUGUUGAACAAACUGUUGUUCAUGUUAUUCCAGCCUUAGCUAAUGCAUCAAAUGAUAAAAAAUCUGAUGAAAUUGAAUUUUUAUUAACAAGUUUCGCAUCUGCUUUUGCUCAUAUUCCAAGACAUAGAAGAGUUAGAAUUUUCACAACUUUAGCUUCAACUCUUGGUUCAGAAUUAUCCUUACAUAUCAUUCUUUUCUUGAUUGGUGCUCAAUACUCAAAUGCUAGUUUGAAGAACCGUUCAGCUGAAGCUAAAUCAUUAAUCGAAUUUGCAGCAUCAUUAUUGAAACAAUUUACUGCUGUUGAACAAUUAUCUUCAUUAAACUCAUUUAUUGAAAUUUGGAAAAAUAUUCCAUUAGAACAAGUUACUAGAGAUUCACCAAACUCUGAUGUUUAUUAUAAGAGUCCAAUUUUCAACUCAACUGUUGUUUCAGCAAAUACUGAAGAAUUGAUUUCAUUGAAAGCUAACAUGUUGAAAUUCAUCGAUUCUUCUAUUUCAGGCGGUGAUGAAGUCACUGUUCCUCAAUUACAAUUGAAAUUAGCUACUAUUAUUUAUGAUGAAUCUAAAGCUGAAACUGAAUCCAGUGCAAUUACUAGAUCUUUCGGUUCAUUAGUUAAAUCAUUAUUACAAUUAAUCGGUGAUAGUUAUAAAGGUGAAAUUGGUGUCCAAUUAUUAAAAUUCUUAAGUGAUGUUUUAGCAUUGUUAUCUAUUAGAAGAUUUGUUGAAUCAAUUACCAAUUUACUUUCAGAUUCAUCUAUUGAUGUUACUGUUCUUCAAAGUUUAACAUUAUUGUCAUUAGAAAAAUUUGAUUUGGAAUCAUCAGAAAAUGAAGAAGCAUUGGAAGCUGCUAGAUCAUUAAUUGAAGUUUGGUUUGAUAUUAUUAAAUCUAAUAAAGAACUUGCUCAAGUUUCAUUAGAUGGUUUAAGUUCAUUAACUCAAAAAUUCGGACCACAAUUAGGUGAUGAAUUAUUAAUUGAAACUUUGAAAUUAAGUGUUUCAGAAUCUGGUUUAUUAAGUACAGAUGGUGAAACUAUUGUUUCUUCAUUAAGUGUUAUCACAAACAUUGUUUCAGCAUUAGGUAUUAAAUCAAUUGCAUUUUUCCCAAAGAUUGUUCCUCCAUCAUUAAAAAUUUUCAAUCAAUCAUUAGAAAUUGAAGAUGAAGAAUCAAGAGGUACUUUACAGUUAUCUGUUUUAUUAUUAUUAGCAAGUUACGUUAAACGUAUUCCAGCUUUUGUUACUACCAAUCUUCAAGAUAUUUUAAGAGCUGUUUAUAAAGCUGAUGGAGUUUCAGAACAAGUUAGAGGUUCUAUUGUUCAAGUUAUUGCUCAAAAUAUGGAACAUACAGCUUUAAUGAAGGUCUUGUCUAAUAUUUGGAAUGAAACAUCUAAAUUAGAUGCUACUUCAAUUGGUUUAUACUUAAACACUUUAGAAUCAACUGUUGAUGUUAUUGAAAAGAAGACUGCAACUUCACAAGCACCAAAAUUCUUUGGUUUAUUAAUCAGAUUAUUUGAAUUUAGAUCAGAAAGUGAAUUUGAUAAUAAUGCUAUUCAUCGUAUUGAAGCUUUCUUCCAUGGUAUUGCCAACAAAUAUGUUUUGAAAUUAAAUGAUAAAACAUUUAGACCAUCAUUUGCAUUAUUAGUUCGUUGGGCUUUUGAUGGUGAAGGUGUAACAAAUACCAAUAUUACUGAAGUUGAAAGAUUAACUUCAUUCUUUAGAUUCUUUAACAAAUUACAAGAAAGUUUAAGAUCAAUUGUUACCACAUAUUUCACUUAUUUCUUUGAAUCAACAAUCAAAGUUUUGAACAGAUAUGUUUCAUCAGAAUUGGAUGAUAUUAAUUUACGUCGUAUUAUUUUGAAUGCAUUAACUUCAUCUUUCAAAUUUGAUCAAGAUGAAUAUUGGCAAGCACAAGCAAGAUUUGAUCUUGCAUCUGAAACUUUAUUGUCCCAAUUGAAAAACAUUGAAGAUUCAAUUGGUAAAUAUUUAGUCAAAGCUAUUGGUGCUUUAGGUCAAAAUGCAUCAUCAGAUGAACAUAACAAACAAUUGAAUCAAUUAUUUAUUUCACAUAUGAAGGCUGACUGUAAACCAAGAGAAAAAUUAUGGGCUAUUAGAUCAUUAAAAGCUGUUUAUCAAAAAGUUGGUGAUCAAUGGUUAACAUUAUUACCUCAAUUAGUUCCAAUCAUUGCUGAAUUGUUGGAAGAUGAUGAUGAAGAUGUUGAAUUAGAAGUCCGUACUGGAUUAGUCAAAGUUAUUGAAGAUGUUCUUGGUGAACCAUUAGAUAGAUACUUGGGUUAA